AUGGAUGUACGUUUGUCAUUACCGGUAUUCAGUGCCAUUGGUUUCUACCUCUUGUGGGUGCUUAUGCUACAGAAUGGCACCCUUGAUGCUCUUGAUGCUGUCACUUCGACUGGUGUUUUCCCAACUGGCAGACCGUUGAGCACAACUUAUCUGGGCAUACCACCCAUUGACGGCGCUAUCUCAACACUCGUGGCAUUCACCGAUGCACUCACUAAUGGAGCUGAGGGAUCACCCCGUCUAUUGAUGAUUGAGGUCGUCUCAACGCUACAGUCAGCUUCGCUAUGGGUGAUUAUUGAAAGUCUUCGACGAGGUUCUGGUUCUCUUGGUCUGGUUCUUGCAUCCUUCUGGCCCUUGAUGUGGAAUGGCUUCGGUGCAGGAGUUGUACUACCUCUCUACUACUUUUUCGAAGCUGGAAAGCUCCCACCGAAGCGUAAUAAGAAUGAUCAUGUGUCAGUAGCUCAUGCAAAGGCUUUGCUCCCUACCGCUCUCAUCACUCUGUUCCUGCCCGUCCUCGUCGACCUUGCGCCCCCUCUCGUCAGCCGCGAGCCCCGUCCACACAAUAUUAUCACGGCCUUAUUCCAAGCCACUGGUCUAUACGCAGCCGUUGUUCAGCCUCUCAUUGCCUCUCAAUUGAGCGGCUCAGCAACCCCUCGCGCUACGACCGAGAAAGCCGUUCGUCGGGCAUACUUCUAUGCAGGAAUUUUCUCCUCAAUUGGACACAUUUACGCUGUGUCCACUUCACUUUUGUCCGAAGACCCAGCUGUAUCUUUCAGCCGCACAUUUGUGCCCGCCAUGUCGGAUGUUGUUCCAGGCACUAGCCGGACUGUGUUCGAAGGGACCCUUCUCUUCCUGAAGUACGACAACUUGAUCAUUACCAUCACGUCGGCUCUAUGGCAAUGGCUUUCCCUGAAGCCCUAUCUCAACGUAAAGUCUCGCAUCGAUUACGUUUCCACUGCGUUUUUGAUUACUUUGUCUACCCUCGUUCUGGGUCCUGGAGGAUCAGUUUCUUUUGCACACUACUUGCGCGAGAGCUGGAUUCGCUGA